AUGUAUCAACUCAAACUCUUCUCCCUAAUCGGAUCACUGGCACUGGUCAACGCUGCUCCUACCAUUCUCAAGCGGAACGACAGAACCGACCCUCUGCUCCUUACGUUCUGCGAGAACGGAUGCGGUGUUGAUGGAGUGUCAAAUCAAGUCACCUAUCCUUUCAGCAACGAAGGAUCGGCUUUCCCGGGCGACUGCGUCCCUACUGGCUAUUAUAAUCGGCAAAGUGUCGAAAUUGUUCAGGACUCAGAGCAGAGUUACACUGUCGAGCUGUUCUCUGGCGAAGGUUGUAACAACCCAAUUUUGACGGUAACAGAAGAUGGAUGCUACACGCAGCCGGAGGGUCAGAUUGUAUUGUCGGCUAGAGCUAGCUUGAAGUGA